GAACAGAGCCCGAUGAUGCUUCCCAGCCCAGUAACGUCAACCCCGUUUUCUGUCAAGGACAUACUAAAGCUGGAGCAGCAGCAGCAGCAGCAGUCUCACCAUCAGCACGGCCAGCUUCUGCACGCGCCCUUACCGGAUUUACAGCAGCAGCAGCAGCGCUUUCACACUCCACCAUCUUGCCUGCUUGGAGGCGCAGAGAGCCCCGGAUUCUCAGACAGCGAGGACAGGAUGGCUUUCCUCAACUCCCUCUCCGUGCAGGACAACCUGGUGGAAAGCAGCCUUUCUCCGCCCAUGUUUGGUCAUCCCGCUCUGGGACACGUCGUAGACGCAAAGUUAGAGGACGACCUCGAAGAGCAGGACACCAAGAGUUGUGGUGCUGCAGUGAGGUCCCCGGACUGUGAGCUGCCUUCGGACCCCGACAGAGCCCAGAGGCAGAGAGCCAGGCGGAAGCCGCGGGUGCUUUUCUCCCAGGCGCAGGUUUUUGAGCUGGAGCGGCGCUUUAAGCAGCAGCGCUAUCUCUCCGCUCCUGAGCGAGAACAUUUGGCGAACACUCUGAAACUCACGUCCACCCAGGUCAAAAUUUGGUUUCAGAACCGAAGAUACAAAUGCAAACGCCAGCGUCAAGACAAGAGCCUGGAGAUGGCUGGUCAUCAUCACCAUCAUCAUCACCAUCACCACCAUCCUCCACCACCGAGACGCGUGGCGGUACCGGUUUUAGUCCGGGACGGUAAACCUUGUCUUUCUGGAUCACAGAAUUAUAACGCUACCUACGCUGUGGGGUCCAACCCGUACGGGUAUAAUGGUUACUCAACCUAUAAUAAUCCUGCAUACACAAAUGCCUACAAUUGCUCAUAUCCUAGUCUCCCAGCACUUCCAGCAAACACAGGCGCCAACCCGUUAAUGUCCAUGAGUUUGAAUAAUCUCGGAGCACACUCCCAGCCUCAGUCAUCACAAGGGACUUCCGUUUCAUCGUGCCAAGGACCUCUGCAGGGCAUCCGGGCGUGGUAGUGCUACAACAACCACAUUCCUUCUGUACAGGCUUGAAUAAGAAGCUUCACACUGAUAGCAAUUCAUCGCAUAUAUUGUAUUGUGGCUAUAGCAGCACGCUACAGAUCAGCAGGGUCACUUUACA